CUCCCCUCCCUCACUAGUCAUUUUGGUACAACCGGCUGUUUCGCUCUGACACAGGUGACGGGGAUUGUAAGAGUCGAAAUCGGUUAGUAGAACGGUAGUACCCAGUAGGGACACUUGGGGGUUGGGAUAACGUCGCUGGGGUAGUUACUCAGUGGUUGACAAGACAGUACUGUUGAUGCUGGACACUAUGAAUGAAGAAGAGCACUUUGUCAACAUUGACCUGAAUGAUGAGAACGUUUGCAGUAUUUGUAAACUUGAGACAGAGACAGAAACUCUCUCUUUUUGUCAUAUUUGCUUUGAGCUAAGCAUUGAAGGUAUUCCAAGAUCAAACUUGGUGCACACAAACUCUGUAAGGGGACACAAGGACUGCUUUGAAAAAUGUCACUUGAUAAUAAAUCAAGACCGCCCCCGAGCCAAAGUAUCCCAGAGUUCAUCUGGUGGAGUAAAAAGUGCUUUGAGCAAAAAGAUAAACUGGAUUAUUCAGUAUGCACAAAAUAAAGACUCUGACUCUGCUCAUGACUCUUCAAAGAAUGCUGGGAAAUCCCAACAACCACUGCUAAAUUACGGACAUGCAGCAGGUAGACAGUUUCUUCCUUCACUUGACUAUCAAGUUCCCAAGUACUCCUCUAGCUGGCCUUCAGGUUUCUCAGACUGUGCCCAAGGCGUAUUGGAUCAUCAUGGUUCUGGCAAAUAUAGUAUUGGCAUACUAAGUACUUCUGAUGCUGAACUCCAUGCAAAAAAUAUUUUGUGGGCUAGUGAAAACAAAUCUCAGAGAAAUCAACCUUCCACAGAGCAGUCCAAUACAGCAGUGAAAAAAAGGACGAUGUACCACAGCAAGGAAGAGUUGAUGACAAAGAGUGCUGCUGAGCUAAGGGACCUUGUUGAAAAACUUGUCACUGAAGUCCAGGAGGUCUUUGAGAAUCUAACUCAUGAGCUACAGAAGAAAGACUCCAUGGCAUCUGAACUACAUGUCCGGCACAUUGCCAUUGAACAGCUGUUUAAGAACUGCUCAAAGUUGCCAUGGCUACAGAUAGGACGUGCAGGAGUGAAACCGAGUGUCCCUGUCAACAAUGGAAACCAACCGCAGCUUAAGCCCUGAAUACUCAGGUUGUAGUUGCACAUAUUGCAAUAUGCCAGAAACAUUUAGGUCCUGUGUGGAUUGCUACUCCAAGAGCGUUGCUGUAGGCCUGGAUAUUUAAGUGCUUUCCAUUAGUCAAAAAAGAAACUUGGGAGUGUUGAAGCACAAGUGACCAUAUGGAAAUGUGUUCAGGUAUUCUAUGGUCAUUUGCCCGAGUGCAUGCAGAUGUGGUCACAGCCAGGCUUGCACAUUUGAGCUAUUGACUCCAUCUCUUUCUGAGACUGCACUACUAGAAAAGUUAAAGUACUUUCCUACAAGAGCUUGCCAUGUCAGUACACCAAAUAAAACUGCUAAAUGCUUUGUGAAAGCCUGCCAUGACUGAUAAGCAGUAGGUUUUGUCAGCAUUUGCUUUUCAUCUCUCUGUGUCACCCUCUGAGAUGUACAUACAGUACCACGUAUUCUUUCAAAACCUGCCAUAUCAGUGCCCAGUUGACAGAUAAACUGCAUUUCUUGUCAGUGUCUGGUAUGUCGGUAAAUAAAUGUUUAGCUUAAUUCCCACAGAGUGGUCCUAUGUCACAGGAGGAAAAACAGUAUUGAUGGAACAUGUUUUUCUAUUUAUUAUGAGCAAUAUUUUUUACUGGACUUUUUUGAUACUGGAGUAAAAAAGAUAACUUAUUUUGGAUACAUUUUCCCCAGACACUGUUUUUAAUUGGUGCAGAUUUUCUAUCUGUUCAUUUUUUGAGAUGUUGCAGUCUGUACUGGACAUCUGUCACUGUGCUGUUUGUUGUUAAAAGAUUUGAAAUUGCUUCUUUUGCAUGUUUUGUAUUUUUUUUUUCUUUAAAACUGUAAUUUUUGAGUUGUGUUCUGUUCAUGUGCAACAGUGAAGAUGCAUGACAUGUACAGGUAUGUAUGUUGAGUAGAUAUGGGGUUGUUUUCAAAAAUGUAUUUUCUCGCUGAACAGUUGUCUGUAUUUGCAGAUAUAUUUUUCCCUCUCCUCACUGAUAAUGUUGCUCUGUUUUACUACAGUUAUUGUCAGAAAUGAUAUAAUGUGUAUAGAUUUUGCUUAUUUUGAAUUGUAGACUUGACACAGUGGAACAGUGCUGUUACAUACAGAAAAUGUCAGCUGGUCUGGCCCAAAAAAAAUGGAAAUUAAGGGCCGUAAAUGUCUUACCAAAUAUCCGUUUGAGAAUAAGCAGAGGUUAGCAGAGUAAGAGCUAGGAGUAGGUAAAUUUCUGUGGUGUCCUGACCAGAUGUCCCUUAGUUGGUAUGCAUAUCACAUGAGGUCUUUCUUGAAACUAGACCAUGCUUAGUGGGACUUCCCCGUUCAUAGAAGUAAGUAAUAAUGCACAGUCUAAGAGGGCUGUCCUGUCCCAGAAUGUAGUGACCAAGGUCCUUGUGAUAUUGCAGACAAUGAUUGAGCAUUUUAAAGAGCAGUGCAUUGACAGGUUCUUCGGAUAUAGAACUGUGCACAUACAUAUCAUUAGUCAGAUGAUAAUGUUGUUUGUGUGGCAUUUCUAAAGGCUUGUAGCUCCACCUAGGCUCUCCAUUGGUUUUGUAGUGUGGAGUCCACAAGAGGAACACACUUCAUAUGUAACGUCACAUUAGAAGCAGUCUGUGAAAGCUAUAGUAUCUUCAGGUCUUUGGGAGACGAAUGUGCAGGGCAUUACUAGCUGGAACAGUUGAAUGUGCAAUAAAAAGAAGCAUUGCCAACUUGCAUACAAUAGGGAAGAAAGGUAAUUUAGGAUUGUUAACAUCUAAUAUAAGGGACCUUCCUUGAUGGGUCAGUGUUUGGUUCUUUCUCUUCACCACUUGCAUAUUGGCAUUUUUUUUGUAUGAGGUUUCAGUGAUUAGGGUGCACCCACCCACCAGUGUCACACUCCUGACUUCUUAAGGACACCUAGCCCCUGGGACUGCCAGUUGUUUUCUGCCAUUCAGUUUGAUUCACAGUCUUGACCCAUGAAUGAAUAUUUCCUGUAUCUGAUGGCUGAAAGUAAAUCUAUGCAGUGUCCCUAUAGCCAUCAGAUUAUGUAACCUGCACUGGCAUUGCUGUUAUUUGCAAUGGGGAAAAGCAUGAAGUAGAACACUGCUGUGAGUCCCAUUACUUCCACUCUGCAAACAUCUGAGGGACAAGCAUCUGGCACAUUGUGAUGCCAGGGGGAUAGUGGUGACUGGGAAGCCUCUCAGCAGGAAUUGGUUGAUAGUGUUCUGAUAGUCCCUGGGUCUGUGAAAGACAUCUGUCACAAGCAUAGAAGUUUAGUGGAGAGGCCUCAGUGCAACUUUCCAGGAAGUAAUUCUGUUGACAUGGCCUUCCAAACCAUAUGGAUGCUGAGCUCACCCUUGACUAGGGAGGUUUGAAGCCUGUGACAUUCUUAAUUUGUUGGAUGAUGAGACACAGAGGUGUGUCACUUCCUCCCAGCCUGGGGGAUGCCCAAGGCUCAUCUGCUUUAUAGCAGAGAAUGGUUUUAGACUUUCUUUUUCUUUAGGUUGGGUUACUCGAGUUCGAGGAUUCCCUUCCUAGUGUCUCAGACACAGCAUUGGCCUAGGUGGAGAAAGUCUUUUGUGUCUUUCUAUGCCAGGGUUUUACAAUCCAGUUAGAUGUAUGAUGUCUGGAAAGAACUUGCAGGCUAGGUGUGGCUGCAAAACAUUAAAGAGUAAAACUUAAUGGCAGCAUUGAUCCCUGUGCAGGUAUCUAUUGCCCACAUGCUACCUUGUGUGGGUGUGCUUCCUAGUUGUCAGAUCCCCGCUACCUGACUACUGAUGCACACUUACUCUUAUGUAAAGCAUUGUAUGAGCUUAUUUCUGCUGUAGUUGCGGGUGGUCAUUCUCUUCCACGUGGGCUUCCCUUAAGAGUCUGAGGACUACAGUUCAGUGUCUCCGAGAUGUGCAAGAACAAUUAUUUCUCUCCACUUACAGCUCCCUUUCAAAUUACCUGUUUUUUUUUGAGAGCCCUCCAGUCUUAUGUGGCCAUCUGGCCCCUAUAUAGUCCCCCCCCCCCAGAAGCACCGGAACAGUUGUCAAGGGCAGAAGGCUGAAGAGCCCUUGACCAUUUUACCCUCUGUGCCAGUCAUACCAUUAUUGCAAAUUGGAUUUGCCAAAAUUCAGCAUUUGUGAUCCCUACGAAUGGCCAGCUUCCCUAAGUGAGAGCUGAUGGUAGAAGUAGUGGAGUGUCUAUAUUUCAGCUUUCACAGUCUGUUACUAAUGUAGUCUGCUGUAAUUUUGAUUGUGCCUGUACAGUGGCCAUGGACACAGGCUCAUGUGUCUGCCUGCACAGGAUGGUGUGGCCAGGAGCGGCCUUAGGUCAACUGGUGCCCUAGGCAUAAGGGCUCCAUCGCGCCCCCCUCACACCACCUGGUGCCCCCAUCCUGGUCUACCUGCACCAAAUAAAUACUGGAAAAGCGCCCCUGCUAGAGUGGCGCCCUAGGCAGCCACCUAGUUGGCCUAUGCCUAAGGCCGGCUAUGGGUGUGGCUGAGGCGGUCUUCCUUUAACUAAGCACAAAGGAACAACCUUCUGCAAAUACCCAUUUCAUAGCAGAAGUUCUGUUUCUAAUGACUUCUUUAAACAUAAUAGAUGACCUCCUGAAGUGGAAGCCAUCACUAUUGUAGAGGAGCCUUUUGAUUUUGCUGGACCUCAUGUUGUUGUUCUUCAUCUAAGCCUAACCAACCCCAAAAGAAGAGGAAAUCUUUACAGAAUGGAGAAGAUACUGAACAACACAUGCUCUCGCCCCUGCUGUUGCCAGCCAAACCAUUCAAGAUAAUUCUUUUGCUGGGCCACCACAACAGUUCUGACUAUAUAGUCAGAGAGUACCCACUGGGGUACAGUUCUGCGAGUUUACCAUGGCUUGGAGAAUUAUUAACAAGGUUAAUAGUUUUUAGAUGCUGAGCUACAGAAAGGAGCACAGAUUGUACUGCCACCUUAUCCCUGUUUUAGAGGGAAUGGAGAGAUUCCAUCCAAUACAGUACAUCAGCAGCUUUGACCAGCACAUUUGCUGCCUCCACUUCUGCAUGGUGACUCUGCAAGAGGUCAUGCCUAUGUGCUGCUACAGGGUGACUGGGUAAUAUCACUUGACAUGAUGGAUGUCUUUUGGUUCAUCAGUUUUGAAACCCAAACAGAAAAUUCAUUUUGUUCAGGGUAAGCAUCACAUCUGGAAUAGUGUGUUGACAUUUGGGUUUUCUUCAGCACGCUGGGUGUUUGCCAAGGUGUUGACCAUGGUGACCAAAGCCUAGCAGGAGAAGAAUCUCUAUAUGUUCUCCUACCUGGAUAACUACUGGUAGCGACAGCAAAGGACUUCUUGGAAGACUCGCUGAAUUAAGUGCUGCCAUGUUUAUAGCUGUUAGAGGCAAGCAUAAAUUUGAAGAGGUCCUGUCUGACCUCAUUUCAAAUGUUUGCCUUUAUAUAGGUACUGAGCUGGGCAUUGUUCUCUUCUGGUAGUUUCUUUCUGUGAUGAAGAUCUAGGAAGUUAUGACCUUGGAAGCUUGCAUGAACUUGCCACACAGGAUCCAGCUUGGCACCCAGUUGUGGCUUGUUAUUUUGAUGUCCACUGUGAUCUUAAGUUUGACAUUUUCUGCAUCUGAGGAUAUGGGCUUUACAAUGGAUUUUAGUGCAUCAGUGUCAGGAGUUGUGGAGUCACUUGUGGCAGUACCAUGGUGCCAGGCUGUGGAGUAGUGCAAGAUCUCUGCAAAUGUCUGUUGGGCCUCCAGUUUCUGCAGCUGAAUAUGCUGAAGUUCCUCGUGAUGGCUGCUUUGCUAGCAGGGUGGGAAAGGCUGUAGUCCCCUUGGAGAGAAGGUUCCACAGCAACAUGUUGGAACUAAAUUGUCUUAUUUCCUCUCAAAAUAUAGGGGGGUGCAUGACACAGUUUGUUAUUCAAAGUUAGCUUAACAACCAGUCCAUCAUGUGGUAUACAAACAAAGAAGAAGGCAUGGUAUCUUCGUCUCCUGUGCAGAGAAGUGGGGAAAGUCUUGUACCAUGGACAUAUAUAUUGCUUUCAGUAAUCCACAUCUUAGGAAAAGCAAACAUGAUGGUGGACUUUUGACCCAGUCUCCCCUUUCCUUAAGUUAUGGAUUGCCUAGAUUAGGACUUCUAGAAGGGGCCAUGCUAUUUAUCAAUAUGUUUGCCACUUAGGAGAAUGCAAUCCUCCCUCUUAUGAUCAAUGUAGCAAAGGCAGGGAGGAGAUUGCUGUGGGCAUGUUCUCCAUCCCAUGGUAAGGGAGGUACCUGUAUGUGUCCCUCCCCUCCCUAAUCCCACACCCAUUUGCAAAAUUCAUAGAAUAAAGACCACAGCUGUAGUGGUCAUAGAGGGAUGUAGUUUCAAGCUAUCUGGUCUCUUGCUAUACACAGAACUUUCCUAAAAGUAGCAAAGAUGUCCCCCUAGUUAUCCAUUUGACUCCAUGUCAGAGCUUGUUUUUAUGUACCCUGAUUCCACUCAGCCUUUUGGUUAAGUUUUCAAUGUUAAGAAACUUGCUACCAGACGGUCUGCCAAGUGGAAGUAAAUCUGCAUUUGGAUAGGGCAGUACCUAUUUGGUCAGCUUAGAUGUCAUAUUGACAUAUCUUAAGCAGUGGUAUGAAAUGAGUCUUAGUUGUUCCACAGUCAUACGUGUAUCAGCUAUUUUUGUCCUUCAUGAACUUGUAGGAGAGCAGGAUUGUGGCCCAGCAUUACUUAGCAAUGCAGUUCCUUAGAUUGCUCCAUUCUUCCUGCCUCUGAAAAAUCCUUCCUAAUCAUAAGAUUUAAACUUGACAGGAUUGCCUUUUUCUCCACUUAGACUUGCUGGUUUUGUGGCUUUGAAAUCUGUUUCUUGAAAAAGACUUUGUGGUGUCCAUAUAUGAAUCUCAGAGCUGCAGACUGUCAUGUGUCCCAACAUGUCUUUGUUCUGUCUGCUUCUGGGUUAUUUGUAUGCAAAAUAUAAGAGUUAAAAUAGGAAAGUUAGGAUAGUCUGAUUCUCACAGAUAAAUAACUUAGUAAGUAGGUAUGAACCUAUGUAUAUGAAACCUUAUUUGUUUUUUCCCCAAGGCAUGGGUUUUCGUCAAGACUAAUCUGUUUCUUUCCAAGACUUUUUUAGUUGUCCCUGGAACCAGUCCAUUUCUGUCCCGGUUUUCUUUAUUGAAGUGGAAACCAGAGAAGAAGGAUGCCUUCAUAAAAUGGAUGUGGACAGCCAUCUCACAUUAUACCUGAACUAGGUACAUGAGUUGAGAAAGACUGAUCCAUUGUUUGUUCCCUAUGCUCAGUAAGAAAAGGAAUGUUCUUCAUGUUUCACUGUUGCAGUCAUUACAU